GUUAAUUACUGAUUUUUUUGGCGAAGUUGUUUACAAUAUUUUUAAAUUGAAUUAAGCAUGGAUGAUUUCACGAUAAGCAAUGUAGUUUCUGCUAUAAGAGAUAUUGCAGACAUGAUAGACCGUUUGAAUAAUCCAAGGGAUCUAGACGUAAUGAAACUAAGGUUGGAUUACAUAAACCUGACCGAAUGCUUGUUACAUUGGACAUUCCUGACGAAAUUGUCAACACAACGACAUUAGUAUAUCAGCAAUUGGAACGGAUAAUGCAGACCGAAUACGGUCAUGCUGCACAAUAUCAGGCUGAAACGACGAGCUCAACUGGUCGUGGAAGACCAAAAAUUGAUAUUUCGAGAGAACAGUUGGCAUUCUUAGUAGAUCAGGGAUUUACAGCUUGGGAAAUGAGCGAAGUUUUAGGUGUAGGAAAGCGGACGGUGCAAAGAAGACUUGCAACGUUUGAUCUCAGUAUUAGUGGCACAUACAGUGAUGUCAAUGAUAAUGAAUUAAACAUACUGGUGAUGUCAGCACAAAGGGAGAAUGCGAAUAUUGGAAUUCGAAUGCUGAAAGGAUUUCUUUAUAGCAAAGGCCACAGAGUUCAACGAGAAAGAAUCAGACAGUCACUCUUGAGAACUGAUCCGUCUGGUGCUGCUCAACGAUGGAAGCAAGCUGUGAAACGAAGAAAAUACAAUGUACAUUCCCCAUUGGCUCUGUGGCACAUAGACGGAAAUCAUAAAUUGAUACGGUGGAGGAUUGUUGUUCAUGGUGGGAUAGAUGGUUACUCUAGGAUACCAGUUUAUAUACAUGCAUCAAACAACAAUAGAGCGGAUACUGUUCUCCAGUUGUUCACAGCUGCUGUUGAAGAGUUUGGUAUGCCAUCCCGUGUACGAUCGGACAAAGGGGGAGAAAAUGUUGACGUUUCAUGGUACAUGCUAUCACAUCCACAAAGAGGGCCAGGAAGAGGAAGCAUGAUUACAGGAAAGAGCACACACAACCAGCGCAUUGAGAGGCUCUGGAGAGAUGUGUUUCAAGAGUGUCUUGUGUUAUUUUACAACACCUUUUAUGAACUGGAGAGGUGUGGUUUGCUCGAUUCAGGCAAUGAGAUUCACUUGUGGUGCCUCCAUUAUGUCUUCUUGCCAGUGGUAAAUAGACAUUUACAGUCAUGGAAGAAUGCAUGGAUAUAUCAUCCAUUGAGGACAGAAAAGAAUUCUACACCAAUGCAACUAUGGGUGAAGGGGCUACACAGAGUCUAUCGCAGUGGCUCAACUGUAUCAAGAGAGGUUUUUCAGGUAACAUAGUUCAAAAAGUAAAAUAGUAUGGUAGGAAUGAACCACAAGUUAUCUCCACUAUGGGGAGUAUGGCAUCAUCAUCAUUGUUGUUAUCUCUAUCACAUUCCUCUUCGCCAAUAGCAACAACGCUCCAAUCUAAAACCCGCUGUUUCUAAAUAGGACGUCUUUCUGAUGGGUGAGCUUCGGCAAUGUGAUCCUUCAUAUUUAUCAUUGGAAUUGAUAGGCCACAUUCAAUACAAUCAACUUGAGGAACAUCCACGCAACCCUUCAACAAAAAAAAUUAACCAUAAUGGAAUGCAUAUAUUUUUACCUGGACACAGAAAUUCAGGAAUU